AUGUUCGACUAUGAAAAGGAAGCCGAUGAUGCAUUUCAUGAUCCAACGGUAGAACCGAAAGGCAACAAGACUCUCGCUACGACGAGGGGCUUGAUGAACCUUGGAGCUCUCGCCUUCCUGACUUUGGGUCUGUGUAUGCUAUUUGCUGGUUAUCCCAUGCUGGUCUACCUACGGCCGAGAGACCAUAAUUUGAGUACAUUGAACAACACCGGGCAAGUCGGGGGCAUAUCUGGCGUCCGCACCACUCUCAUCGACCCUGACACACCCGAAUCGGUGUACACGCGCACAAGUGUAGAUGGAAAAACUCAACUGAAAUUGGUGUUCAGCGACGAGUUCAACAUCGACGGCAGGACAUUCUGGCCCGGUGAUGAUCCAUUUUGGACGGCGGAAGAUCUCCAUUACUGGGCCACCUCCGACUACGAAUGGUAUUCACCCGAGGCGAUCACAACCGCAAAUGGAUCGCUCGUGAUCACGCUGUCCGAAACACCCACGCACAAUCUCAACUUCCGCAGCGGCCUCAUGAACACUUGGAACAAAUUUUGCUUCCAAGGCGGGCAGAUCGAAGUCCGAAUUAUGUUGCCAGGGCGACCGGACGUGAUGGGCCUUUGGCCUGCCGCUUGGACGGCUGCAAACAUUAUCAGAGCAGGAUAUGGAGCAACAACGGAUGGAUUGUGGCCGUACUCUUACAAUUCUUGCGACGUUGGCACCCUCAAAAAUCAGACAUACCCUGCAAGUCAGGGUGGCGGGCCGCUGGCUGCUGAGACUACGGGUGUAGUGCUGCAGUAUGGACCGGCACUAAGCUAUCUCCCAGGCCAACGCCUCAGCGCCUGCACUUGUCCGAACAGCGAUGACCAUCCAGGUCCAAAGAACAGCGACGGCACCUGGGUCGGUCGUUCUGGCGCCGAGAUCGACAUCAUUGAAGCCGCAGCCCGAGGACAGCGCGGUGCAAAUGGCAGCACGUCCAUGAGUCUCCAGGUCGCGCCUUUCGAUGCGGGCUACUGGCUUCCAAACUCGACGAGCGACUGGGCGACGUUCUACACGCCUAACACAGAACCGAACGAGUAUCGAGGUAGCGUGUACCAGCAAGCUGCUUCUGGUCUGGGCAACACUUCGUACGAGGCUUAUGAGCUAACAGGACAACAAUUCAGCUCCUAUGCCUUCGAAUAUAUCCCUGGUACUUCUACUCAGAGCCAUGUCACGUGGCUGAUCGAUGGCGAGCGACAGUGGCGGCUAGGGUCAACUGGGCUCGGGCCUGAUGAGCAGACCGAAAUUGGGCCGCGCGUCGUACCGACCGAGCCGAUGUACAUCAUCCUUAACCUCGGCAUCAGUCGAAAUUUUGUUUCGAUCGACUGGGAGAAUUUGGAAUUCCCUGCGCACAUGUACGUAGACUAUGUGAGGGUAUGGCAGGAUCCUAGUAAGAUUGCUGUUGGCUGCGAUCGUGAGUAUGGCACCGCUGCUUACAUUGAGAAACACUUGGAAGCGUACACAAAUCCGAACCUGACGACUUGGCAGCGUCCUCGCUCUGAAGGAGGUUACGGUUCGAAAGUGUGA